AAUCCGUGCCAUCCGCGGGUGGAUUAGCCGGGUCUGGAAACAUGGCCUCCUCGGAGCAGGCCGAGCAACCUGGGCAGACCGGCUCUUCUCCCGCCGCUGAGAAUGGGACGUCUCGUGAAGCUCUGAUCGUGACGGCGGUGAAGUUUCUACAAAACCCUCGAGUCCGCCACAGCCCGCUUGCAACUAGAAGAUCAUUUCUCAAGAAGAAAGGACUGACGGAUGAAGAAGUUGACCUGGCGCUGCAGCAGUCCGGCACUGCCAAAGAGGAACCUCAGCCGCUAAGCCUUUCUACACAAUUGGUGCCCAAUCCGCCUCCUCACCUCGCACCGUACAGUCCCCCCAGCUCCAGAUGGCGGGAUUACGGCGCCCUAGCGAUCAUUAUGGCUGGCAUCGCUUUCAGCUUCCACCAGCUCUACAAGAAAUACCUGCUUCCUCUGAUCAUGGGAGGCAAAGAAGACAGGAAGCAACUGCAGCGGAUCGAGACCAGCAUUUCCGAAAUGAGCGGCUGCGUCACGCAGACAGUGACUCAACUUCAGACAACUUUAGCUUCUGUCCAGGAACUUCUCGUUCAACAACAGCAGAAAAUCCAGGAGCUCACCCAAGAACUAGCUGCUUCUAAGGCCACGACGUCCACAAACUGGAUUCUGGAGUCUCAGAAUAUCAACGAGUUGAAGUCGGAAAUCUAUUCGCUCAAAGGACUGCUUUUAAACAGGAGGCAGUUUCCUCCCUCGCCAUCGGCCCCCAAAAUCCCUUCGUGGCAGAUCCCGGUCAAGCCCUCCUCGCCCUCCAACGCCGUCACCAACAACCACAACACCAGCAGCGACAUCUCGCCGGUAAGCAACGAGUCCAACUCCUCGUCGCCCAUCAAGGAGAACCACAGCCCCGAAGGCUCGAAGGUCAGCUGCCACCUGCUGGGCCCGGAGGAACAGGGCGAAGCUCUGAUGGACCUGAAGGGCCAGGUAAGGAUGGAGGUACAAGGGGAGGAGGAGAAGAGGGAGGACGCCGGGACCCAGGAGGAGGAAGAGGAGGACGAGGACGAAGAGGACGACGUCAGCCACGUGGAUGAGGAGGAGUGCUUGGACGUCCAGACGGAGGACCGGCGAGGAGGCGACGGGCAGAUCAACGAGCAGGUGGAAAAGCUACGGCGGCCCGAGGGGGCGAGCAACGAGAAUGAAAUUGACUAGCACGCCUAGGGGGGCGGCUCCGAACCCCCCCUCCCCGCAUCCCGCGUCCCUUCUCCGUUCCUGGGGCCUCAAUGAAUCCCUUUUGUCUCACCUCUGUGAAUCACCGCGACUGGCGUUGUGCGACCUCGUGAGCCGGAAGUGGCCGCCUGGCCGACCUCGGGCCGCCCACCUUCCCCGCCACGGCCGCUCCUCUCUCACACCCUGCCUCCGAUCAGGGUGGGACCCCGGCUAAAGAAUCGGGCCUCCUUCCUAACGAUGCGCAGCCACGUAGCAAAGUGGGGCACAACUGCGGGUUCUGCGCUCUUGCGUCAUUCCCCCAAACCCCCCUCUCCCUCCGUGGUGGCAACCCCCCCCCCUUAAUCAUCUCACAUUCUCAAAUCUGACCUUCCCUUGCCAAAAAAACCACACCACCAUCCAGCCUUUAAGAAAUGCAAAUAUUCUUGCAUGGAUCCCGGAUCCUCCGUUUCCACCCCGUGUUUUGUUUCCGGACGAAGAGUAUUCCUGCCUGUGCCCCCGCCCUCUCUCUCCUCCACCCCUAUUUCCUAGUAUCUUGGGAACAAAAAUCACGUGUGAUGUUUAGCCGGUCUGCUUGUUUGUGGACAACUUGAUUUGCUGGGAGUGGGGAGCCAUUUUUGAGAAUCAUUGCAUUGCUGGCCACGUCCCCUUCUCCCUUCAAGGUGUCUUCUGCCUCCUUAUCUCUGAGGCUUAGCCCCGCUCCUUCCUCUCCUUCUUUCAUUCCCUACUCUUCUCCUACUUCCUUUCUUCCUCUCUCUCCCGGUUCUUCCCAGGCGCUCGAAAUGUCCAUUCCUCGCAAGGGGAAGAGACAGGCAGGGGGAUCCCAGCAAGGCGGCCAAGAUCUCGCCAAGUCGCUAGUCCCUGCCGCGAACCUUUGCGGCUGAAAUGAUUUCCCCUGCAGAACUGGUUGAUGUUCUCUCUCUCGUCCCGUGUUCCGGUUUAGGCCCGCAGCUCAGCUGCUGGUGGCUCCAAGCGGCUGAGUCUGACAAAUGAAAAAGACGCCUUCCCGCCUCCAUCGUCAGGUCACAAUUCUUCUCAAAGCAGAACUCAGUUGUGGAGGCCCUGAUUCUCGCACCACACCUCUUCCUCCCUCCCACCAGCCGCCACUUCCACUCCCCCCCCCCCGGCCGCCCUCUCACUUUUGCCUUAUUGGGUGGAGAAAACGGCAACAAACCACCGUUUUAAUAAUAAAAAAAAAGCCUCUCGUUUUCCGGCGUUGUAUCCUCUGCUGUUCCAACAGUGUCCAGUUUCUGUCCACGUCAUUAAAAACAAAACAAAAACAGAGUCUCGAAUCCUGUAACAUCUUGACCCUCACGGUCUCCAUCCUCACCAUGAGGGAAAGCGAAACGUGCUCAUCUCUGUGAUCAUGUAUAGAAUUCAGCUAUAAAAUAUGAUUGUAUAUAAUUGUAAUAAAUAUGAGUUACCACGACUUAA